CAGAUCCGACUGGCCAAAGGAACUGUUCGACGUUGUGACCGCUAAAAUCAAAAAAAUAAAUCAUAGCCAUGAAAUCGGAUGACGCGAAUGGUUCUGCCAAAAGUCAGUCGGACAUGGCUCUUAUCAAUGUCCUGUCGCAAAGAAAACACCCGAGGCUACGACUACCCUGGUACUACGCUCCAUCCUUUCUACUCCUGUGGGUGGCCCUGUUCUAUGCGGUUGUGUAUCCUCUUUAUCAUCGUCUGCCGGAUAGUGUCCUGAUUGCAGAUGAGGCUCGCAAGCCGGGCGAAUUUGUGGCCGAGAGGGCACAAAGACUGCUCUACAAGUACGAUCGGAUAGGACCCAAAGUGGUGGGCAGUGUAGCCAAUGAGGUGACAACGGUGGCCUUUCUUGUCGAGGAAGUGGAAAACAUUCGGGCAGCUAUGCGCAGCGAUCUCUACGAGCUGGAAAUAAAUGUGCAACAGCCUUCGGGUGCUUAUAUGCAUUGGCAAAUGGUGAACAUGUACCAGGGUGUACAGAAUGUAGUUGUGAAAAUCAGCAACAAGAGCUCUAAUAGUUCUGCCUAUCUCCUGGUGAACAGUCACUUUGAUUCCAAGCCCACCAGUCCAGGAUCCGGCGAUGACGGCUCUAUGGUGGUGGUUAUGCUGGAGGUCCUGCGGCAAAUUGCCAUCUCGGACACAGCCUUUGAGCAUCCCAUAGUCUUUCUGUUCAAUGGAGCUGAGGAGAAUCCUCUAGAGGCCUCUCAUGGCUUUAUCACAGCCCACGAAUGGGCCAAGAAUUGCAAAGCUCUCGUAAACUUAGAGGUGGCUGGCAGUGGUGGACGCGAUCUGCUUUUCCAGAGCGGACCAAAUAAUCCCUGGCUUAUAAAGUACUACAAUCAAAAUGCCAAGCAUCCGUUUGCCACCACAAUGGCCGAGGAGAUAUUCCAGUCUGGCAUUCUGCCUUCAGAUACGGACUUUCGUAUCUUUCGGGACUAUGGACAGCUGCCGGGUCUUGAUAUGGCUCAAAUCAGCAAUGGCUAUGUCUACCACACCAUUUUUGAUAAUGUUCAGAAUGUGCCCAUAGCCUCUCUUCAAAACACGGGCGACAAUGCUUUAUCUCUGGUGCGGGCCUUUGCCAAUGCCAGUGAAAUGUAUAAUCCAGAGGAUCACAGCGAAGGACAUGCAGUGUUCUUUGAUUUUCUGGGCCUUUUCUUUGUGUAUUAUACCGAGACCACUGGCAUUAUCCUGAACUGUUGCAUUGCUGUAAUCAGCUUGAUUCUGGUGGGCUGCUCUCUGCUGAGAAUGGCCCGCGAAUCGGAGGCAUCACUGUGCCAAGUCUCGAUAUGGUUCUCCAUUAUCCUGGGACUUCAUGUUGUGGGAAUGAUUCUCAGUCUGGGACUGCCACUGCUGAUGGCCGUUCUCUAUGAUGCUGGCAAUUGUUCCAUGACUUAUUUUAGCAAUCACUGGCUGGUGAUUGGCCUCUUUAUCAUUCCCGCGAUUAUAGGCCAGAUCCUGCCAUUGACUCUGUACUAUACACUGAAGCCCAAUGACAAGAUCAGUCACCCUAACCAUCUCCAUAUGAGUCUCCAUGCUCACUGCGUGCUGCUGGCCAUAAUUGCUAUUAUCCUGACAUCUGUAAGCCUAAGGACUCCCUAUCUGUGCAUGAUGUCCUUGCUGUUUUACUCGGCAGCUUUGCUAAUUAAUCUACUGAGUACGCUUCACGAUCGCUGCUACUUUUGGGUGCUGAUGGUGCAGGUCCUCCAACUGAUGCCCUUCCUUUACUUUAGUUACCUGUUCUAUACCUUCCUUUUGGUAUUCUUUCCCAUGCUGGGACGCUUUGGCCAUGGCACUAAUCCAGAUCUUUUCAUUGCCCUGAUAUGCGCCUUGGGUUGCUUCUUUGCCCUGGGUUUUAUGGCUCCCCUGAUAAACAUGUUCCGCUGGCCCAAGUUGGCUUUGCUUGGUUUGGGUGUUGUUACCUUUAUUUUCUGCAUGAUUGCCGUCUCCGAUGUGGGUUUUCCGUAUCGCGCCAAGACCAGCGUGAUGAGGAUUCACUUUCUGCAUGUCCGUCGCAUCUUCUAUGAGUACGAUGGCUCCGUGAGCCUGAGCGAUUCGGGUUACUACUUUGAUUUCCAGGAUCGCCGGCUGUACUAUCCCCUGGAGGACACCAGCUUAAAUCUGACUGGCCUGGUCAGCACUUCAUCUGACUGCGACAAGUAUUUGAUGUGUGGAGUUCCCUGCUUUAAUCACCGUUGGUGUAAGACCCGAAGCUCAAGUCACUGGCUGCCGCGUGAGCAGGAGGUGGCCAUACCGGGAGCCACAUCCCUGAAGCUACUCAGCAAGACCCUGUUGGACACAGCCAAGUUGGCACGUUUUGAAUUCGAGAUCUCUGGGCCACCGCACAUGAGCCUGUACAUACAGCCCUUGGAGGGAGUUGAGGUGGAUGACUGGUCCUUCAUAAGGAAUAUGCUGGAUGAGCCCGAGACGUACUCGGCUCCCUAUCAGAUAUUCUUUGCCUAUGGAAAGGAUAACUCGCCCUUGAAGUUUCACAUAGAUUUUAGGAAAUCCUCUGGAGACUUCAACACCGCCACCUUCCAGCUGGGCUUCGCUGCCAGCUUUGUCAGCUACGACUACGAAAGGGAUGCAGCUGGUCUGAAGUUUAUAUCCGAGUUUCCCGACUUUGCUCAUGUCAUGGAAUGGCCUACGUUAUAUGAACGUUAUAUAUUUUAAGUUUAUGCUUACUUAUGGUAGUUCUCGCUUUAGUAACGUAGACCUAAGAACUUUAUUUGUUGCCAUACGAACUAAUUAAUCAAGAGUGUGUAAGUACUGCCCGUGGAGCGAUUAGAGAUCGGCGAUUAGAUUCGAGGGCGUAGAUCCCGAACUGACCUGCAAGCGGAUUUUAAAUUGUAAAUUAAAUCUGCACUAUCACAGACUAAUUAGCUUCCCCGUGUAGUUUGUUGUUGGCCCAUAUCAAGGCUCUCCUUGCGUUAUCUUUGUGGGCUCAAGUGGACCGGCGGGAUCCGCAGCCGUCAGACCACAAACAUUUCAGUAGCGUGACGGAUACGCCUCAGAAAGGUUCUCGACUUGGCAGCAGCUCUCGCUCUCUACGGGGAAUAACAUGGAGCUACCGGCGAACG